CACACAGAACCCAUCAAAUUUCUAGAUACCCAGAAAAUGGCCACUCAUCUUCCCAACAACCAAAUUUUCAGCCGAAAUUCUCAUCUAUCCAUCACUUCCCAACAAUCAAAACUAACCGGAAUGUCUUUCCGGCCAGUUAAGCUACCUAGAAGUACUGGAAAACUAACACUAAAAUGCAGCUUAGUUGAUUCAUCAAGAACAGAACCAGUGGGUGGUGAUAUAAAUAAGCUUGUGGAUUUCUUAUAUGAGGAUUUACCUCAUCUUUUCGAUGAACAAGGGAUUGAUCCAACCAUGUAUGAUGAAAGUGUUAAAUUUAGAGACCCAAUUACAAAACAUGAUAGUAUCAGUGGGUAUCUCUUUAAUAUUGCACUCUUGAAGAAACUCUUUACACCAGACUUUCAACUGCAUUGGGCAAAACAGACAGGACCUAAUGAGAUAACAACAAGGUGGACUAUGAUAAUGCCAUUCGUGAUAUUACCUUGGAAGCCUGAGCUAGUCUUCACAGGAACCUCCGUCAUGGGUAUUAACCCCAAGAAUCAAAAAUUCUGCAGUCAUUUGGAUUUUUGGGAUUCCAUCAAGAACAAUGACUACUUUUCUGUUGAAGGCUUGCUGGGUGUUAUAAAACAGCUGCGACCAUACAAGACUCCGGACUUAGAGACGCCAAAGUAUCAAAUAUUGAGAAGAACUGCAACUUAUGAGGUUCGGAAGUAUUUUCCCUUUGUUAUUGUAGAAAAGAAAGGUGAGAAAUUAGCAGGUUCGACUGGCUUCAAUGAUGUCGCUGGAUACAUAUUUGGAAAGAACUCUACCAAGGAGAAAAUAAAAAUGACAACUCCAGUCUUUACUCAAGCUUUCGAUAACAAACAAUCAAAUAUAUCCAUCCAAAUUGUUUUGCCAUCGGAGAAAGAUUUGAGCAGUCUACCAGAACCAGAAUUAGAAGCACUUAGCUUGAGAAAGGUAGAAGGGGGGUACGCCGUCGUGACAAAAUUUAGUGGCAAACCUACCGAUGAAGUAGUCGCUGAAAAAGAAAAAAGCUUGCGCCGUGCAGUUCUAAGAGAUGGUCUUAAACCGAAAGAAGGUUGUAUGCUUGCUCGGUAUAAUGAUCCAGGCAGAACGUGGAGCUUCAUUCUGAGGAAUGAAGUGCUGAUAUGGCUCGACGAAUUCACAUUGGAAUAGUUU